GCGGGUCAGUCACUCCAUCCCUGCUGGCCAGCAAUUUUUGCAUGAGGAAAGGAGUGCCUGACUAUUGCUAGGAAGCUGCACAUUCCCUGCCGAUCCUCGGCCACCUGGGGCCCCUUCAUUCCCGGGCAGCGAGUUCGGACCCUUCUGUAAUUCGAGGUGGGAGCCACCUCUUCCAGCCUAGGCCAGGGACAGGGUGACCUGCCAUCGAGGGAAAAGGUUAGGACUCGAGAUCCAGGACCUCCCAGAUGAGGGGAGUCAAAACCUAUACUUAGAGGAACCCGUGGCCUCUCCAACCCUGCGUCCUCCACUUCCCAAAAUCGGAGUCGGGCUUUGCACCCCCACAUCAUGCCCCCAAUCACAGACCUUUGACAGUGGAAGUCAGACUGCGACUUUCCAGGGUCCCGCCAAGGACUGGCAGAGGCCGAGCUCUCCCACCAACCCCGGGGCAGCUCUGCAAGAGAUGGGGUCCUGGCUGCACCUGCUACCCUCCCCAGGGCCUAAGCGUGGAAAUUGUUCCCGGGACUGCUGGACUCAUGCUUCCUGACUUGGCUUUGGUCAGAGCCCAGCGCUCUAGCCCUUGCCUCCCUCUGCCCAGCUCCCCCACACUCUUCCAACCCUGUAAUCCCUGGAGCUCCACACUCCUUGCUGCCCUCUUGCUUCCCAAGCCUGGGGAUGUCAAAGAUGUUAGGAAGAGGAUGUGGAAGCCGGGCUGGGGCCCCAGCGUGUGGAAUGUGGGUUGCACGGCUACCUCCUCCCACAAAGGUGACAGGCAGGCUCCUCUCCCCCCACUCUCAGUCACUCUAAUGGACACGAGCACCGCACAAGGAGAACUGGGCUGGCUGCUGGAUCCCCCAGAGGAUGGGUGGAGUGAGGUGCAACAGAUGCUGAAGGAGACACCCCUGUACAUGUACCAGGACUGCCCACUGCAGGAAAAAGGAGACACUGACCACUGGCUUCGCUCCAACUGGAUCUACCGAGGAGAGGAGGCUUCGCGGGUGCACGUAGAGCUGCAAUUCACUGUGCGCGAUUGCAAGAGUUUCCCUAGAGGAGCUGGGCCUCUGGGCUGCAAGGAGACCUUCAACCUUCUGUACAUGGAGAGCGACCAUGAUGUGGGCAUCCAGCUGCGGCGGCCCUUGUUCCAAAAGGUAACCACGGUGGCUGCAGACCAGAGCUUCACCAUCCGAGACCUCGCAUCUGGCUCAGUGAAGUUGAACGUGGAGCGCUGUUCCUUGGGCCGCCUGACCCGCCGUGGCCUCUACCUUGCCUUCCACAAUCCGGGUGCCUGUGUAGCCUUGGUGUCUGUACGGGUGUUCUACCAGCGCUGUCCUGAAACCGUGCAUGGCUUGGCCCAAUUCCCUGACACGCUUCCUGGACCCGCCGGGUUGAUCGAAGUGGCGGGGACUUGCCUGCCGCAUGCUCAAGUCAGCGCUGGGCCCUCAGGUGCACCGCGCAUGCACUGCAGCCCCGACGGCGAGUGGUUGGUGCCCGUAGGCCGGUGCCUCUGCAAGCCUGGCUAUGAGGAAGUCAGUGGCGGCGUGGGAUGCACUGCCUGCCCUCAAGGCUCCUACCGCAUAGACGCGGGCACACCCUUCUGCCUCAAGUGCCCCCACCACAGCACAGCAGAUGCCGAGGGGGCCACUGUCUGUACCUGUGAGAGCGGCCACUACCGAGCCCCUGGGGAGGGCCAGCAGGAGGCGUGCACCCGGCCCCCAUCAGCUCCCCGAAACCUGAGCUUCUCUGUAUCAGGGACUCAGCUCUCCCUGAGUUGGGAACCCCCCACCGAUAUGGGGGGACGCCAGGAUGUCCGAUACAGUGUGGAAUGUUUGCAGUGUCGGGGCACAGCACAAGAUGGGGGGUCCUGCCAGCCCUGUGGGACAGGCGUGCGCCUUCUCCCAGGGGCCAGGGAGCUCACCACACCUGCUGUGAAAGUCGAUGGCCUUGAACCCUAUGCCAACUACACCUUUGAUAUUAAAUCCCAAAAUGGAGUGUCUGGGCUGAGCAGUUCCAGUCCAGCCAGCACCUCCCUCAGCAUCAACAUGGGCCAGGCAGAGUCGACCUCCGGCUUGUCUCUGAAGCUGGUGAAGAAAGAACCAAGGCAGCUGGAGCUGACCUGGGCAGGGUCUCGGCACCGCAGCCCAGGGGGGAACCUGAGCUAUGAGCUUCAUGUGCUAAACCAGGACGAAGAAUGGCACCAAAUGGUUCUAGAGCCUAGGGUCCUGCUGACAAAGCUGCAACCAGAUACCACCUACAUUGUCAGAGUGCGCACACUGACCCCACUGGGCCCUGGCCCUUUCUCUCCUGACCACGAAUUUCGGACGAGUCCACCUCCAGCUUCCAGGAGCCUGACUGGAGGAGAGAUUGUGGCCAUCAUCUUUGGGCUGCUGCUUGGUGUGGCUCUGCUGCUUGGAAUUUACAUCGGCCGUUCGAGACGAGGCCAUCGGCAACAGCAACAGAGACAGCGGGACCGCAUCACCAAUGUAGAUCGGGAAGACAAGCUGUGGCUAAAGCCCUACGUGGACCUCCAGGCCUAUGAAGACCCUGCACAGGGAGCCCUCGACUUCACCCAGGAGCUAGACCCAGACUGGCUGAUGGUAGACACUGUCAUAGGGGAAGGAGAGUUUGGGGAAGUUUAUCGAGGGACCCUGAGCCUCCCCCACCAAGACUGCAAGACUGUAGCCAUUAAGACCUUAAAAGACACAUCCCCAGAUGGCCAGUGGUGGAACUUCCUUCGAGAGGCCACUAUCAUGGGCCAGUUCAACCAUCCACACAUUCUGCAUCUGGAAGGCGUCAUCACAAAGAGAAAGCCCAUCAUGAUCAUCAUAGAGUUUAUGGAAAAUGGAGCCCUGGAUGCCUUCCUUAAGGAUCGGGAAGAACAGCUGGGCCCUGGGCAGCUGGUGGCCAUGCUACAUGGCAUAGCAUCCGGCAUGAACUACCUCAGUGACCACAAUUACGUCCACCGGGACCUGGCUGCCAGGAACAUCUUGGUGAAUCAGAACCUGUGCUGCAAGGUGUCCGACUUUGGCCUGACGCGCCUUUUGGAUGACUUUGGUGGCACCUAUGAAACCCAGGGGGGAAAGAUUCCCAUCCGUUGGACAGCCCCUGAAGCCAUUGCCCAGCGGAUCUUCACCACAGCCAGCGAUGUGUGGAGCUUUGGGAUUGUGAUGUGGGAGGUGCUGAGCUUUGGGGACAAGCCCUAUGGGGAUAUGAGCAAUCAAGAGGUAAUGAAAAGUAUUGAGGAUGGGUACCGGCUGCCCCCUCCUGUGGACUGCCCUGCUGCUCUGUAUGAAUUCAUGAAGGACUGCUGGGCAUAUGAUCGUGCUCGUCGGCCCACCUUCGCCCAGCUGCAGGGACGUCUGGAGAAACUGCUUGCCGACCCUUACUCCCUGAGGACCAUUGCCAACUUUGAUCCCAGGGUGACUCUCCGGCUGCCCAGCCUGAGCGGCUCAGAUGGAAUCCCUUAUCGAAGCGUCUCUGAGUGGCUGGAGUCCAUCCGCAUGAAGCGCUACCUCCUGCACUUCCACUCAGCUGGGCUGGACACCAUGGAAUGUGUGCUGGAGCUGACAGCUGAGGACCUGACGCAGAUGGGAAUCACUCUGCCCGGGCACCAGAAGCGCAUUCUUUGCAGUAUUCAGGGAUUUAAGGACUGAGAGAUUAUCUCCAGAGGAGACACCUCAGCUCUCCCCUUCCACUCCCCAGGGAGCAAGGGCAGGGCCAUGGUCACUCCCCAGGCCCUGCCUUGACUUACGAGAUGUAGGCUAUUGGUGCUGCCCCUACCCACUCUUCCAGGACUGAGCCUCCAGGCCC